UCCCGAAAACGCUGAUUGUGGGGCUUUUUGACACAUAUUAUAGAUUUGCUGAGCCAUCGUUGUGAUAGUGUUUUCAAAUGCUUGGAAAUGACCUUCUAAUUGAUUUAUGACCAAUUUUAUCGAGUGACUUUUGAAGUCCUUAUUUGUAGAGGGUGUUGACAAAUUGCUGCUCGUAACGCGGAUAUCACCGCUGCAUUCAGAAAGUUUCAAAAUGGCCACUUGUAACACUGUUGUUUUACUACUGUGUCUGUUAAUUAAUGUCGACCAAGUGCUAACCAGUGACUAUGUUUUCAAUGAUCAACAAACACCAGCAUUUAAAGACUAUGAGAUGUUUCAAGAUAUUUUCCCUUUAACUGUGGGAAACUUCACGGACUUAGUGAUAAAUCGCCCCGACCCGUGGAUCGUCAUUUUUCACAAGGGGAUGCUGGAGCGAGGCUGGAAGUCCCUGGCUGUCAGCUUGAGGGGCGUGGUCUGGGUGGGCAUGGUCGACCUCAACAACAACAAACAACUGCUGCAACAAAUUGGUUACAGUGCUGACAACGACAGUGAUGCGCGUGUGUACAAAUAUGGCACCCAGAAAACAAAAUUAAAAUCUUGGCGUCGAGUUAGCGACCCCAACACUGCGAGAUCAACGGCUGUCAGUUCCAUCCCAGAUACAACCUUGCAGCUGACCUCAGAUGACCUUGAAGACUUUUUGAUUGACAGUUUCAUGUCGAAGCCGUCCCGAUUCCCUGCUGUCUUCAUAACAGAGGAGAGGGAAUCUUCAGCCAUGAUGAAAGCUCUGUCACUUCGCUUCCAAAAAUACUUCAAUUUUGGCAAGAUUGCGCAGCCAUCUUCAGCAGGUCUGCGUGGACUGGGAAUGGAGAGGUUUUCUAAGGACAUUCCUACUCUGCUUGUUCUCAUGGCAAAUGGAGAAAAUAUGGAAUCCCCACAAUUCAAUGCCAUACCCUUUGAUAAGAAAGCAAUGGGAGAGCUGAAUUAUCCAAACAUUUUAGCGUUUUUGUUUUCUGUUAAUCGUGAGUUCCGUCACCUGAUGCCGGGGGAGAAUGGGUCUGAUCGGAGAGAGACAGUGGAAAUGGAUGACAUAGUAAAGAUUGAAUCGCUGAGGUUCGAUGUCAAGGGCCUCCAUCACUCCACGGAGAGCAAGAAGGUUCUUUAUGAGGAAGUCAGUGAGCUGCACAUGGAAGAAACCAUCCAGAAAAGAUUACCUGAUGAAUUAUAGAGCAAUAUCUACAUAUGACAACAGCCAUAAUGUCUACAUAUUAUGUUGUCUGAUAUAUAUCUACAUGUGAAGUUAACAGACAUAAUGUCUACAUGUGAAGUUAACAGCCAUAAUGUCUACAUGAUAUUAACAGUCAUAAUGUCUACAUGAUGAUGUUAACAGUCAUUAUAUCUACAUGAUGUUAACAGUCGUAAUGUCUACAUGAUGAUGUUAACAGUCAUUAUAUCUACAUGAUGAUGUUAACAAUCAUUAUAUCUACAUGUGAAGUUAACAGUCAUAAUGUCUACUUGAUGAUGUUAACAGUCAUAAUGUCUACAUGAUGAUGUUAAUAGUCAUUAUAUCUACAUGAUGAUGUUAACAGUCAUUAUAUCUACAUGAUGUUAACAGUCGUAAUGUCUACAUGAUGAUGUUAACAGUCAUAAUGACUACAUGAUGUUAACAGUCGUAAUGUCUACAUGAUGAUGUUAACAGUCAUUAUAUCUACAUGAUGAUGUUAACAGUCAUUAUAUCUACAUGUGAAGUUAACAGUCAUAAUGUCUACUUGAUGAUGUUAACAGUCAUUAUAUCUACAUGUGAAGUAGACAGUCAUAAUAUCUACAUGAUGAUGUUAACUGUCAUUAUAUCUACAUGAUGAUGUUAACAGUCAUUAUGUCUACAUGAUGAUGUUAACAGUCAUAAUGUCUACAGGAUGAUGUUAACAGUCAUUAUAUCUACAUGGUGUUAACAGUCAUAAUGUCUACAUGAUGAUGUUAACAGUCAUAAUAUCUACAUGAUGUUAACAGUCAUUAUAUCUACAUGAUGAUGUUAACAGUCAUUAUAUCUACAUGAUGAUGUUAACAAUCAUUAUAUCUACAUGUGAAGUUAACAGUCAUAAUGUCUACUUGAUGAUGUUAACAGUCAUAAUGUCUACAUGAUGAUGUUAAUAGUCAUUAUAUCUACAUGAUGAUGUUAACAGUCAUUAUAUCUACAUGUGAAGUUAACAGUCAUAAUGUGUACUUGAUGAUGUUAACAGUCAUUAUAUCUAUAUGUGAAGUCAACAGUCAUAAUGUCUACAUGGUGAUGUUAACAGUCAUUAUAUCUACAUGUGAAGUUAACAAACAUUAUAUCUACAUGUGAAGUUAACAGCCAUAAUGUCUACAUAAUGUAUGAUGUUAGCCGUCAUUAUUGGUAGGUAUGAUGUUAACAGCCAUGAUAUGUAGGUAUGAUGUUAACAGGCAUUAUAUGUAUGAUGUUAACAGCCAUUAUAUAGAGGUAUGAUGUUAAUAGCCAUUAUAUGUAUGAUGUUAACAGCCAUAAUAUGUAUGAUGUAAACAGCCAUUAUAUGUAUGAUGUAAACAGCCAUUAUAGGUAUGAUGUUAACGGCCAUUAUAUGUAGGUAUGAUGUUAACAGCCAUUAUAUGUAUGAUGUUAACAGCCAUUAUAUAGAGGUAUGAUGUUAAUAGCCAUUAUAUGUAUGAUGUUAAAAGCCGUUAUAUGUAUGAUGUUAACAGCCAUUAUAUGUAGGUGUGAUGUUAACAGCCAUUAUAUGUCGGUGUGAUGUUAACGGUCAUUAUGUAUGAUGUUAACAGCCAUCAUAUGUAGUUAUGAUGAAGAUAAAGGACAUAUUGCCCUACAGAUGAAAGAAAUAAGUUGUUGGGCUCCCAUUCCAAGAGUUAUUGACAUGAUAUUCCAAUCUCAUGAAUUUGACCUCGGAAAAUGUGAAAUUUUAAAAGCAGUAAAAAGUGUCCAUUUAAAAUUUGAUAAAAAUGAAGUCGCAGCCAAAUGCAUAAGAAAACAUUAUCGUGAGACUGAAUCUCUUUGUUCUAGCAAUUCAUUAAUAUUUAUUGAAUUAAACAUGGAGCAUACAAAGUUGAGCAUUGCAAAUCAAACUUUAAUGUGCCAUAAAGACAUUGAUCUGAAAAGAAGAAAUCCCCAGGAGACCAAUUACUACAAAUAUUUGUGCAUAAUUCACAAGUUCUAUAUGCUGAAUGACUUGUGAACCUGUGACAGGGUUUAAGGUAUUCUUCUGGGGAAGAUCACAGCUAUCUUUCAGCCGCCCAGCAUAUCAAAGGCACAAAAAACAUAUUAUGAUUUUCUAUCUAGUGUCUUUAUAAAAUGACUCACCAGAUAUUGCCACAAAAUCAAUUUCUUUUAGUUUUCCAUUAGAUCUGCUCAAUCAUCCUGUCUGAGGUAUAUUCAGUGUUAAUCAUCUCGAUGCCGCUAGCCCCACACAACUAAUGGCUACCGUCAUGUUAUACACAGGAAUACAGUUCAGUUCCAUCUACAUUUGUACAAGUAGGUGUAUUUUCUGGUGUCUUAAGGCUAAGAACCAUUUGCUUUUUUAAUUGAGCUGAGCUGAGUUCUUGUGCACUUUUAUUCUAUUGUUAGAAUUUUGCAUCAUGAUGCUGAAAGGUUUUGGCCAAGGCCAGGUGAUUUCCAUACAAGACUAAUGACAGUUGAAGUAACACGAGACAGGUGAUUUCCAUACAGGACUAAUGACAGUUGAAGUAAUACCAGACAGGUGAUUUCCAUACAAGACUAAUGACAGUUGAAGUAAUACCAGACAGGUGAUACUUGAAGUAAUACCAGGCAGGUGAUAGUUGAAGUAAUACCAGACAGGUGAUAGUUGAAGUAAUACCAGACAGGUGACAGUUGAAGUAAUACCAGGCAGGUGACAGUUGAAGUAAUACCAGACAGGUGACAGUUGAAGUAAUACCAGACAGGUGAUAGUUGAAGUAAUACAAGUUAGGUGAUAGUUGAAGUAAUACCAGACAGUUGAUACUUGAAGUAAUACCAGACAGGUGAUAGUUAAAGUAAUACCAGACAGGUGAUAGUUGAAGUAAUACCAGACAGGGGACAGUUGAAGUAAUACCAGACAGGUGACAGUUGAAGUAAUACCAGACAGGUGAUAGUUGAAGUAAUACCAGACAGGUGAUAGUUGAAGUAAUACCAGACAGGUGAUAGUUGAAGUAAUACCAGACAGGUGACAGUUGAAGUAAUACCAGACAGGUGAUAGUUGAAGUAAUACCAGACAGGUGAUAGUUGAAGUAAUACAAGUUAGGUGAUACUUGAAGUAAUACCAGACAGGUGAUAGUUGAAGUAAUACCAGCCACAUGAUACUUGAAGUAAUACCAGACAGGUGAUAGUCGAAGUAAUACCAGACAGGUGAUACUUGAAGUAAUACCAGACAGGGGAUAGUUGAAGUAAUACCAGACAGGUGAUAGUUGAGGUUUUACCAGACAGGGGAUAGUUGAAGUAAUACCAGACAGGUGAUAGUUGAAGUCAUACCAGACAGGUGAUAGUUGAAGUCAUACCAGACAGGUGAUAGUUGAAGUAAUACCAGACAGGUGAUAGUUGAGGUAAUACCAGACGGUUGAUAGUUGAAGUAAUACCAGACAGGUGAUAGUUGAAGUAAUACCAGACAGGUGACAGUUGAAGUAAUACCAGACAGGUGAUAGUUGAAGGAAUACCAGACAGGUGAUAGUUGAAGUAAUACCAGACUGAUGCUAGUUGAAGUAAUACCAGACAGGUGAUAGUUGAAGUCAUACCAGACAGGUGAUAGUUGAAGUCAUACCAGACAGGUGAUAGUUGAAGUAAUACCAGACAGGUGAUAGUCGAAGUAAUACAAGACAGGUGAAAGUCGAAGUAAUACCAGACAGGUGAUAGUUGAAUUAAUACCAGACAGGUGAUAGUUGAAGUAAUACCAGCCACGUGGUAGUUGAGGUAAUACCAGCCACGUGAUAGUUGAAGUAAUACAAGUUAGGUGAUAUUUGAAGUAAUACCAGACAGGUGAUGGUUGAAGUAACACCAGACAGGUGAUAGUUGAUGUAAUACCAGACAGGUGAUAGUUGAAGUAAUACCAGACAACUGCUAUCCUUGAUCCUAGUUGAAGUAAUACCAGACUGAUGCUAGUUGAAGUAAUACCAGACAGGUGAUAGUCGAGGUAAUACCAGACAGGUGAUAGUGGGCUCCUGUUGGUCAUAUAGAAGGCUCCACAUUCUUACUUCAAGUGGCUCCUGUUGGUCAUAUAGAAGGCUCCACAUUCUUACUUCAAGUGGCUCCUGUGGGUCAUAUAGAAGGCUCCACAUUCUUACUUCAAGUGGCUCCUGUUGGUCAUAUAGAAGGCUCCACAUUCUUACUUCAAGUGGCUCCUGUGGGUCAUAUAGAAGGCUCCACAUUCUUACUUCAAGUGGCUCCUGUGGGUCAUAUAGAAGGCUCCACAUUCUUACUUCAAGUGGCUCCUGUUGGUCAUAGAGAAGGCUCCACAUUCUUACUUCAAGUGGCUCCUGUGGGUCAUAUAGAAGGCUCCACAUUCUUACUUCAAGUGGCUCCUGUGGGUCAUAUAGAAGGCUCCACAUUCUUACUUCAAGUGGCUCCUGUUAGUCAUAGAGAAGGCUCCACAUUCUUACUUCAAGUGGCUCCUGUUGGUCAUAUAGAAGGCUCCACAUUCUUACUUCAAUUGGCUCCUGUUAGUCAUAUAGAAGGCACCACAUUCUUACUUCAAGUGGCUCCUGUUGGUCAUAUAGAAGGCUCCACAUUCUUACUUCAAGUGGCUCCUGUGGGUCAUAUAGAAGGCUCCACAUUCUUACUUCAAGUGGCUCCUGUUAGUCAUAUAGAAGGCACCACAUUCUUACUUCAAGUGGCUCCUGUGGGUCAUAUAGAAGGCACCCCAUUCUUACUUCAAGUGGCUCCUGUUGGUCAUAGAGAAGGCUCCACAUUCUUACUUCAAGUGGCUCCUGUGGGUCAUAUAGAAGGCUCCACAUUCUUACUUCAAGUGGCUCCUGUUGGUCAUAUAGAAGGCUCCACAUUCUUACUUCAAGUGGCUCCUGUUGGUCAUAUAGAAGGCUCCACAUUCUUACUUCAACUGGCUCCUGUUGGUCAUAUAGAAGGCUCCACAUUCUUAUUUCAAGUGGCUCCUGUAAGUCAUAGAGAAGGCACCACAUUCUUACUUCAAGUGGCUCCUGUUGGUCAUAUAGAAGGCUCCACAUUCUUACUUCAAUUGGCUCCUGUGGGUCAAAUAGAAGGCUCCACAUUCUUAUUUCAAGUGGCUCCUGUGGGUCAUAUAGAAGGCUCCACAUUCUUACUCUAGCUGGCUCCUUUUGUUCACCUUCAGGGUCUCGUGGAUAGAGUGUCUGCCUGGAGAGCAGAAGGUUGGUGUUUAGAUCCCCUGGUUGUCAUACCAACAAAAUGGUACUUGUUGUUACCCUGCCUUUGGCGAUCAGCAUUAAGGAGAUAAAACAAGGACUGGUUGGCUGAGAGUCAGUAUACAGUGUCUGAGCGAGGUAUCCAUUUUAUGGUCUCUCAGAACCCAAGCACUACAAAAGCAGCAUUAGUCAGGAAUAUUUCAGAUGGCGUUGAACUGUUUCCUGGUACAGAGUCGUGUUUAUCUUUUGAUAUAGGAUAUAUUUUCAGCUGCUGGUUAAUUUACCGAUUGAAAUAGAUGUUUUUCACAGCUCAUCUUCAUUAUCAUGCUAUCGUUGUGAUCAAGUUUCUGUCUACUGAAGCUACUUGCAUCAUUUAAGAUACAGACUUCCAGAAAACACACCUUGACAAAUGUUAAAGUGCAUAUACACCAGCAGAAUAUGAACCCAGCUUAAACAGUUUUCUUUCUGUCAGGGGUACAAGGUUGCAUGCUGUAGAAUUAUUCUGUUUAUUUUGAAUGUGUUCCUAGACAUUUCUGUGUUGUGUUGAAGCAUGAUAUGUUUGACAAAUGUGGCAUCAUAUCUGAUACUGCAUCAGUGGCUGUAUCUGUGGGGGCACCUGCAGUGAUAGAGGGGAAUAUUAUUCUGUAUGCACCAACUUGUUCUCUGAUUGCAUUCCCGGAUGCCAGGAUUGUCUGGCAUCAACCACCAGGACCUGUUGUCAUGCCAACACAGUUCUGGUAUUAAUCAAACCAUUUACGUAGAUUUACCAAGAAAAUUGUGGUAUGUCAUAUUGACAUGUGGUGAUAUAGAGACAGGCGACAAUGUACAAUUCAUAUUGAUAUGUGACAUGAGAUAUGUGACAAUACAGAGAUGUGUGACAAUACUGAGAUAUGUGACAAUACAGAGAUGUGUGACAAUACAGAGAUAUGUGACAAUACAGAGAUAUGUGACAAUACAGAGAUAAGUGACAAUACUGAGAUAUGUGACAAUACCAAGAUAUGUGACAAUACAGAGAUAUGUGACAAUACAGAGAUAUGUGACAAUACUGAGAUAUGUGACAAUACAGAGAUAUGUGACAAUACAGAGAUAAGUGACAAUACAGAGAUAUGUGACAAUACAGAGAUAAGUGACAAUACAGAGAUAUGUGACAAUACAGAGAUAUGUGACAAUACAGAGAUAUACUGAGAUAUGUGACAAUACAGAGAUAUGUGACAAUACAGAGAUAAGUGACAAUACUGAGAUAUGUGACAAUAUAGAGAUGUGUGACAAUACAGAGAUAUGUGACAAUACAGAGAUAUGUGACAAUACAGAGAUAUGUGACAAUACAGAGAUACAUCUAUAUGACAGUUAAGAUAUAUGUUGCUGUAUGACAAUAUGAAAAUGAGUCCAUAUUCUUUCUCAAUAGGGGGCAGUGGGGUAGCCUAGUGGUUAAAGCGUUUUCUUAUCACGCUGAAGACCUGGGUUCGAUUCCCACAUGGGUACAAUGAGUGAAGCCCAUUUCUGGUGUCCCCCAUCCUGAUAUUAAAGGAAUAUUGCUAAAAGUGGCAUAAAACCAUACUAACUCAAUCACUCGAUUGUAUCUCUUCGAUUGUAUCUUCCACAGUAGAUCUUAAAACUGCUCCAACAGACUGGGAUUCCUCUUUUUCCAUAUUUAAUACUAUUUUCAUAUCGCAGUGGGGGGCACGGGUGGCCCAGUCGUCUAAGGCGCCGCGAUUCGCUGUGCAGAGUUGCGUCCCUUGGGCACGCCAGAAACCUAUGAUUGUGGGUUCGAAU